GUACUUUUGCAAAAUGGCAACAAGAAUUACUUCUCCGGAGUUGGAGCAGUUCACAGUCGCUACAGUUGAAUUGACUGGACGCGUACUAGGAGCAGGUGCUUAUGGCAGUGUGGAGGAGGUGGAGAUACCUGGAGCAACGGUAGCUGCCAAGAAAUUGCACCAACAGCUUGUCAACCUGGGCUCUCCACAGCAGGUUGAGAAAUGGGUGACUGAUUUCGUGGAGGAGUGUAAGCUGAUGAGCCAGCUCCGUCACCCUCACAUAGUACAGUUCCUGGGGGUGUGCUAUCUCCCUGGAGCCCAACUCCCCGUCCUACUGAUGGAGAAACUACAAACCAGCCUCGACAAUCUUUUGGAAACCAGCCCCAACAUUCCUAUUGACCUCAAAGUGCACCUUCUGACGGGGACUGGCCGAGGGGUGGUCUAUCUGCACAGCCGCACUCCACCCAUUGCCCAUCGUGAUCUGUCUGCCAAGAACAUUCUAGUUGAUAACGGUCUCAAUGCCAAGAUAGCAGACUUGGGUGUUUCUAGGAUUGUGAACAUUCAGCCUGGUCGGCUAGCUGCCUCGAUGACUCAAAUGCCAGGCACUGGUGUGUACAUGCCAUCAGAGGCAGCUCAAGAGGAAGGGGUCACACGAUACAACACUGCCAUAGACAUCUUCUCCUUUGGUGUGGUAUCUCUGUUCAUGCUGACACAAACCUUCCCCAAAGAUCUCAAACCUGCAACAUAUCGAGACCCUGCUACUCGAAGGCUGAUUGCUCGCUCAGAAAUCGAGCGCCGUGAACAUUAUAUCCAACCAGCGAAAGCAGCUCUUGGUGAGACCCACCCCCUAGUCCAGUUGACCCUCAAUUGCCUAGAGUUUGAUCAAGAAGAUCGACCAUCUGCUGUGGUGGUGUUGAGAGGAUUGGAGGAGGUUGGAACAACACUCCCUCAGAACUGCACCCAGACCAAGCUGGAACUGAUUCAACAGGUUUCUGUGAAAGAAGAAGAACUGCAAGUUGCUGAAAGAGUUGCCGAUGAGAAACAAGCUCAAAUUGAUGCGAUCAAAGUACUACACUUGGAGGAAAUCGAACAAAGAGAUGUUGUAAUCAAGCAACUUCAGAGAGAAAAUUUUGAAAUGUCAGGUCAAGUAAAUCAUAUUUUACAUCAAAUCUCUGUGAAAGACACUCGAUUACAAGCAACUAUCGAUCAUCUUCAAGCUGAGAAACGAGAGCAAGUGCAUGGACUGGAAGAACUGACCACUCUCCAACAAGAGCAGUUAGACGCUCAACGUAGAGAAAUUUAUCGUAUCUCCAGUUCAGUGAGGUCUCCACAGAUACAGCCUCGGGAGGACACACCUCAGGGCUCAGGACAGAGAGAGACAACCACAAACAAAAGCACAAAAGGAAUCAAGAUUGUUCAUUUGAGCGCUGGAAACGCAUUGCUACCACACAAGUCGACCACACCACAACCAACUGUUCCUUCUGCCAUCACCUUCAACUGGAAAACAUGCAAGGACAAACCAGAGGGGAUAAAUGUGCUCGAUCAUCCUGUGGCUAUCAACGGGAAGGCGUACAUGAGAGGCAUGAGUAACUGGACUGACAUUGUGCUAGUGUACACACCAGAUCAGGAGAGCUGGGAUGAGCUGCGAUGUCCUCCACUGUCUGUGAUAUGGUUCACUGUAGCAACACUGAGAGGUCAACUGCUAGUGGUCGGAGGUCAGGAAAAAUCUACUAAAGAGAAAGCGAAUACAAUCCUAACAUUCCAUGAGAGGUCUCGACAAUGGGUCAAGUUAUUUCCCCCCAUGCCAAUAGCAUUAUCUUUGCCGGAAGUUGUUGCAUAUCAAAACAAUCUUAUCGUUAUCGGUGGAUAUGGCACAAAUGACCAUAAGAUAGCUGAUGUGAACAUUCUGGACACCACCAGUAAUAAAUGGAUCACAGCCGAACCACUUCCCAACACUAAUAAUCACCACAGAACUUGCCUAAUUGGAGACACACUGUAUCUCGUACGUCAACUCACUAAAGUAGUGAUUCGAGCUCAUGUACCCUCCCUAAUAUCAGGAGCUAGUUUUGGUGUGUGGGAAUCUGUCGCAAGUGUGCCAUUCUAUCGGUCGUCUCCCAUUGCCGUCGGCAGCACCCUCCUGACUGUGGGAGGGAGUGAUGAUGUGUGAGGGGGUAACGGUAUCUCAAGCAUCCAUCUGUAUGACCCCACCAAAGACCAGUGGACACAAUGUGAUGACCUUCCCGAGAGAAUGUAUUCUUGUUCUUGCAUUGAACUAUCUGGAAAACUGUAUAUACUUGGUGGUGUAAGAGGUAGCUAUGGUGUCAGAUCUGUGUACACAUCAAUCCCGUCCAUUACACACUAGUAAUUCAUCGAUGUACAUGUAUAUGAAUGUAAAGCAACAUGUUUAUACUGUCAUAAUACUAUCCAUGCAUGCAGUAAACGUUAUCUAUGGUAUGGAGUAUAUAGUGUAAAUUGUGUGAUUUUU